AUGUUACUGUACAGUAGAGCCGCCUCUGCACCGGCCCCUCCACCAUUUCUAAAUAUAGAGCCAUACCGUACAACGCUCCUACGACUCUUUCUGCGACUCCGUUAUCUUCAAAUCCUCACCUUCCCGUCCACCGCCAGCCUCCUUCACCCUACCCACCCCACCCACCCCACCCACCAUGGCUCACUAUCCAGGAUUCCUCACCUGCGACGAAGACGCCGGCCCAGAAGGAGAGGCCCUGGAGCAAUGCCGCCCGCUCCGCUGGCCAGGCAUCGACAAACUCGACAUGACGUUCGUCAAAGCUCUAAUCGCCCGCUUGCUCUCUGCGUCCUACCGCUCGCCCGACUUGCUCUCGUUAUUCGCACUCAACAAAAACACUCUCACCAAGCUGCUUGUUUAUUCCAAAGAGGCCUUCGCACGCGACGAAAACAUCGUAGAUAUCACCACCCCGCCCGCCGGCAGAGUCCAUGUUCUUGGUGA